UCUUUUUGGUAACUCAUGAUGUCCUUCCUGGAAAAGCUCUGGGUUUGGGGUCAAAGAGCCUAUUCAUCCGGGCUGCCUGGGCCUGGUAUUGGGCCUCGGAGGGGAGGGCAGUUGCCACCGGGCGUCUGUGAAGAGCUGGAUUGGCGGGAGCAGCACUGACCGCGGCUGGAAGGCCGCCACCUGUGCCCAGAGCGUUGCACUGUCUGCGUUUGUGUGGCAGCUGUGAUUUCAGGCAUACUGUCAUUUUUGUCCCUGUCAGUCAAAAGAAGGGGAACAGACCUUCGUAAUUGCUUCUUCCUGAGAGGAGGGGAAGGUGUGUAGCGUCUGUAAGCCCAGGUGUCACCGGGUGACACGGAUGGCAGGUGUGUGGAGGGGGAGUGCACAGGGGAGCCCAUUGCCCCCAGCCCCCGGGGUUUCUUCCACGCUGGGUGGCACCUGGCAGCAGACUCCCCUCGGUCUCUGGUGCUUCCACGGUGUCCUUUCUGCCUUCACUGGGCCUGGGGACAGAGGUGCAGGCAGUGGGAAGCUGGCCUGGGGGAAAGGGGGCCCUUUGGGGAAGAAGCAGUCCACGCGUCCCUCCUCCUGCAAACCAGGGAGCUGACUCUGCAGAGAUGGGGCCUGAGGCUGCAGAGCAGGCCGUGGUCGGAGGGCUGCUGCAUGGACCAAAGGGAGGGUUUAGCUCAGCCGGGUGAAGGGUGGCAUGGCGCCUCAGGGCAGGAGAGGCGCCCUGUGCCAAAUUGGUCUUGCGUGUUUCUCCCCAGUAGUAGAAUUUACAGGUUUUUCUGUGGCUUAAAGCAAAAUCUUCCAGUUUUUUUUGUUUGUUUGUUUGUUUUACUGUGAAUACUUUUGAACUGAGUAAAAAACUUGAGAGAAGAGUUACCCCCACACAGCGCUUGAUUGACCAGCUGUUGAUGUUUAGUCGUAUCCGCUUGUCUGUGUGCGUGUGUAUGGACUCUCCUCUGAGCCACGGAGCGUACACGGCAGACGUUAUGAACCUUCACCUCUAAACACUGCAGUCCGCAUCUGAGCAUAAUAACACGGUUCGCUGUCGUCUUGCCUGGCUGUGGGGUGUUCAGGGAGCAGCCCUGCAUCAGCACCGCUUCCUUGUUUCUGGCUUCAGUUUAGUAUUUUUUAAAAUGUGAGGUGCGACGUUCCAGUUCUGAAAAGGAGUAAAGGCACAUCAGCGUGUCAGGUCGCCCACGUGGCCCACCCUCUACCCUUGUCGACUGGCAUCUCCUUCACUCCUGGAGUCCAUGACCCUGGACAGUGUGGAACAUGUUUUGCAUGUUUUUAAACUUCCUAUAAUUGUUAUAGCUUUAUUGUUCCCCUCUGUGAACAGGCUGCUGUUAAAUGAAAAUGAUGUAGGCAUUAAAUACAUACCUGGUCCCAUGCUGGAGGGGGUGGGGAGAUUCAGUAAGUACUGUUUUACCUCUUACCUAAUAGUUGUUGAAAAAACAAUUCUGGAUGUUAAAAUGGGCAUGCAGUCAAGUUGGCGGGAAGUAGACCCUCCUGCCUCCCCAGCUCUGUCCUCAGAGAGUUCUGGGCUCAUUCCAGGGCAGGAAGACCUCUCAAGGCCCCAGGGCCCUCCUCCAUGGUUGCACUUCCCCCAGCUGGCUCUGAGGCGGAGGCUGGGACAGCUGAGCUGCAUGUCCAAACCCGCCCUGAAACUGCGCUCCUGGCCCCUGACGGUCCUCUACUACCUCCUGCCCCUCGGCGCCCUCAGGCCGCUCAGCCGGGUGGGAUGGAGGCCUGUGAGCAGGGUGGCCCUCUACAAGUCGGUGCCGACACGCUUGCUGUCGCGGGCCUGGGGCCGCCUCAACCAAGUGGAGCUGCCACACUGGCUGCGCAGGCCCGUCUACAGCCUGUACAUCUGGACGUUUGGGGUGAACAUGAAGGAGGCCGCCGUGGAGGACCUACAUCAUUACCGCAACCUCAGCGAGUUCUUCCGGCGCAAGCUGAAGCCACAGGCCCGGCCUGUGUGUGGCCUGCACAGCGUGAUCAGCCCAUCAGAUGGGAAGAUCCUCAGCUUUGGGCAGGUGAAGAACUGCGAGGUAGAGCAGGUGAAGGGGGUCACCUACUCGCUGGAGUCGUUCCUGGGCCCUCGUACCCCCGCGGAGGACCUGCCCUUCCCACCAGCCACCUCCUGCGGCUCCUUCAGGAGCCAGCUGGUCACCCGAGAAGGGAACGAGCUCUACCACUGUGUCAUCUACUUGGCCCCGGGGGACUAUCACUGCUUCCACUCCCCCACUGACUGGACUGUCUCCCACCGGCGCCAUUUCCCGGGCUCCCUGAUGUCGGUGAACCCUGGCAUGGCCCGCUGGAUCAAAGAGCUUUUCUGCCACAAUGAGCGUGUGGUCCUGACUGGGGACUGGAAACAUGGCUUCUUCUCACUGACAGCUGUGGGGGCCACCAACGUGGGCUCCAUCCGCAUCUACUUCGACCGGGACCUGCACACAAACAGCCCCCGGUACAGCAAGGGUUCCUACAAUGACUUCAGCUUUGUGACGCACACCAACAAGGAGGGCAUCGCCAUGCGCAAGGGCGAGCACCUGGGGGAGUUCAACCUGGGCUCCACCAUCGUGCUCAUCUUCGAGGCCCCCAAGGACUUCAACUUCAAGCUGAAAGCGGGACAGAAAAUCCGAUUCGGGGAAGCUCUGGGCUCCCUGUAGAGCUUCUUUCGUGGCUGCGGCUGCUGAGGGACCUUUUCCAGAGAAACGUGAGGGUCUUUUCAAGGGGAACCUCUGAGGCUGUCUAGGGAGGGGGCUGUCAGGUCUGACCAGGCAGGACCUGGGAGACUUCUGUCCCUGCCGUCCGGGGUGCAGACAGGGUUGUCAGAGCCCCUGUCAUCCCCUUUCCCACCCGAAGAGAAAGUACAGGCCAAGACGAUUGAUUCCCUCUUGGAGAUUUUUUAAUGUGUUGUAUAAACUGGAGACCCUGCACCUCCUGGCCGAGCGUUCAGUUGGUCUGAUUUCCGUUCUAAGAUGGUAAGUGGUAGUUAAGGUACCUUCUCGCUGCUC